AUGGAUCCUGUAUUGAUACAUGCUCAAGUCCAGCUGUGGAAUGCAAAGGCAGGAAUGUCCAAGUCAAGAGGUGCACUCAUUGAAACAUUUAUAGGAAAAAGGGAAGUUAAGCUUAUUCUCUAUUUCAACACUGGAAAGAUUAAGGCUUUGCAGCUACACAAUAAUAUUAAGAGCGUGGUCCUUCGAACCUAUGGCGAAGACCAGAAUUACCUACAUUUGACUUUUAAAAAUAAUGAUUUCUUAUUUGUUGAGAAACUCACCACCACAGAUGCCAGACGAUUGAAGAGAUUCCUAGACAAAAUCUAUCAAAGUGGUCUUCGGGCAGCCAGGAGAAGUGAUGAGAGAUCUCGUGAACCUAGUACAAGCACACAGGAGUUGAGUGGCUCUUCACCACCGGAAGUUCAUUUGAAAACAAGUAGUAAGUGCUUUGAAUCAGCCAAAGAAAGUGAAAUGUGCAUGUUUCGUGACUUGCCUGUGCAUCCAUCCUCCUCAGCCUCACUUAGUUCAGGAUUAGUAGAAACACAACUCAUAAAAAGGAAAAGAUUUUUGCCUGAUUCAGACAAGAAGGAAAAACAGAGCAACCUGAGGGGCAGUAUCAGAGAUUUUGAGACAAAUUUAGUAGUGUCUAUAUCUAAUGAAAAGGGGAAAGAAAGGGGUGUGAGAGCAGUCGAAAUCAGUAAGGCAGGGUUUGGAUUUCCACUUGAGACCAACUAUCCUGAAGAUAGUGCUGUGAAUGUUCGUGAUCUUAAUGAUCUCAUUACAAAAUUAUUUUCACCAGUUCUGUUGGAAAUACACUAUAUUGAGAACGGCCUAGAGUGGCAUGAAUAUAUGAAGAUAUUCUUGCUUUACCCAGAGAAAUCAUGGCAAGGCUUGCCUAAUGUGGGAAACACCUGCUAUAUAAAUGUUGUCUUACAGUCUCUAUGCUCAAUUCCUCUGUUUGUUAAUGAUUUAUUCAAUCAGGGUUUCCCAUGGGCUAAACCUCCCAAAGAUGAUUUUAACAUGCGCUUGAUGCAACUGCUUGUUUUGAAAGAUAUUUACAAUGCAAGAACUAGACAGAAGUUACUUAUAGGUAUUACAAAAGCCCUCCCAGUAUUUGGAGAAGUAUUUGCUGCUGACAGGCAGAAUGAUGCUCAUGAGUUUUUAAGUCUCUGUUUAGUUCAGUUGAAGGAGACUAUCCAAAGAGUAACCAUGAUGUGGCAGUCUGAAGAUGAGUCGGGAGAUUAUUAUCUACUUAGAGAGAUUUUUGCCAAUUAUGCUACUGUCAACAAAAUACCUAUUUGUCCUGUUACCAAUAAUUUUGAAUUUGAGUUGCUGAGUUCCAUUUUUUGUAAAGCCUGUGGCCUGACGGUUUUUAAGAGAGAACCAAGUAGAUAUCUCUCUAUCAACAUUCCUCAAGGAGUGAAAGUCCAAAACAUGUCUAUCCAAUCCAGCUUAGAUCUUUUCUUUAGGGCAGAAGAUAUUGAGCAUAGGUGUGAAAGGUGUUUGUACAACAAAUCUGUUUCGUUGCACAAGUUUGGUCGUCUCCCCAGGGUUAUUAUUGUGCAUCUGAAACGCUAUAGUUUUAAUGAGUCACGGGUAAUGAGGAAGGAUGAACAGCACAUUGCUAUUUCCAAAUACUUAAGGCUGUCUUGUCACUGCAACAAAAACACAAAACCACCCCCGCCCCUUCGUCCAAAUGAACAUGUUAAGAAUCUUGACUUACUAAAACCCCUUGAAGUGUUAGGUUCUGAAAUACUCACAGUUCAUUCAGUGAGGGCCCCGAGACCCAUGAGUUUCCCGACUAUAAACAUCAGAUCAGACAGGGCGUCAGAAGCACAAAAUGAAAAGAGAGUAGGUGAAGUGUUGAGUGGCAGAGUGCAGCAGGAAGAUCCAGGGAAAGGUGACCCAGCAAAUACAGUCAGGUCGGAACUUACAGAUGAGACUGAGAAAGUCGAGAAACAUGAGCAAGAGUAUAUACUUAGUGAUUUAGAUUCUGGCAGCAUCAAAAGAUCACAAGAGAACCAACAGUUCGAGAAAUGCCAUGAAGAGAGAAGUGAUAAGCAGACCUCCUUAGAGGCACUUACUCAAAGCCAUCCAAAACCAGUCUCCCAGGAACAGACAGAAAACCUUGGGAAACCUACAGUGUCACAUACCCAGAAUGGUAGUAUGAGUUCACAGGGCUCAGCGGAUUCCAGCAAGAGCCCCAUAUACGCUGAUGUUUUUGAUAAGGCAAAGCCUACAAGCAAGGAGGAUCCACAAAAGUUAAACCAAAAAGAAGAUAAUAUCUACAGGCUUGUUAAUAUCAUCAACCAUAUUGGGAACAGUCCCAAUGGAGGACACUAUAUCAAUGACGCCUUUGACUUCAAGAAGCAAGGUUGGUUCACUUAUAGUGAUCUACGGGUGACAGAUAUAGAAGACGACUUUGUAUAUAAAGAAAGGCUUUCUACUGGGUAUGUCUUCUUUUACAUGCAUAAUGAUAUCUUUGAAGAGCUCUUGGCAAAGGAGGCUCAGUCUACCAGCCCAUCCCAGGGCUAG